GAUAACUCAACAUUCACACAAAUAAAAUCCAAAGAAAACCACCAAAAUACAACAAAUAAAAUCAAUCCAUCACAAAAACCCGCGCAAUUUUCCCAUGAAAAAGUGAACCGCCAUCUUAGAAAUAGCUUUUGAAAUUCGAAUUUAUAUUCCUUUUCUUCGUGUGCCAGUGACACAAUGACUGCAAGAGUGCUGUGAUGUUUGAAAUUGGAAUUAUUUUUUGGAAUCAGUGUUAAUUUUUAUAUACUUUUUUGAUGGUUGACGUAAUAAUUUGAAGUUAUCUAGGCCGCAUAAAUAAAUUGGUGAUGUGACAAGCUUCUUGCGUAACAAUCCGUAGGUCGGUACGUCGCGCGGUGAUGUCGUCAUGGAGGUGGUGUUGCCGCUGGCGGUGGUCUGCGUCCUGGUGAGCGCAGCCCCCAACGCGACGCGCGCGCGCCGCCCCGACGACCUGCCCGACGAGCCAGUGCUGCCUGAAGAUGAUGAUGAAUUGCACAGAUUGGAGUACUACGAUGAGGAGCGGAUUAAUAUAUCAGAGAAGGGCAUGUACCUGGGGUCACCGUGUGAGUUCACGUGCAACCCGAAGCUCAUGCACGUGUACUGUGACCCCACCACGACGACCUGCCAGUGUGACCCCAAGCACCCCGUCUCCGUGGGGGUGGCACAGGGAUGCGCUAAAGCGAAGAAAUUGGGUGAGCAGUGUUUCUACCGGGAGACGUGCAAGGCGUUCGACACGCACGCGUCGUGUGUGCAGGUCAACCACAACGCGUACUGCCAGUGCGACGCCGGGUACCACCAGACCAGCCACACCAGACCCACUUCCAGAAUUUUCUGCACCGAAGACCUGGUGUUGCUGACGGCCGACAUGCCGACGCUGCUGGGCGUGGCGUCGGGCAUCUUCGUGCUAGGCGGGCUGCUGUGCAUGGUGCUGCACCUGUACACCAAGGCGCGCUACCACCCCACGCACCUCGCCGACGCCAGGCUCACGCCGCCCUGUCUCUACUCGCUCAAUGACACAGGAGGCACGCUGAGCGCGACGCGCGCAUCGUCCCGUGCAUCGUCACGCAGCGGGUGUACCAGCGGCACGCUGGAGGCGGAGACGAGCUCGCGACGCGCGUCGCGGCGCGGCGUGGCGGUGUCGGCGUCGCGCGCAGGUGCGGCGCGCACGGCGGCCAUCUUGCUCAUCUCGCGCCACCUCAGGGCCGUAAGGCGGGACGGCGGCGCGCACCCGCCUAAGUGCGCCGCCAAAGGUUCGCGACGUCCAAGUCUAACCUCCGUGCAGAGCAGUUCAUCGUCUAUCCGAAGCUAUAGCGCUCGGCGUUGGGAGAGAGAAAGAGAGCAGAAGGAGAGGAGACAGAUGAGCAUGCGACUGGCGCAGCUACACGACAAGAUGGCGGCCGGGCGCGACGUGCCGAAGCACGCACCCACGCCGUCGCCUCGCUCGCCCAACAACUCCACAGAUGGACUGCUACCGUCUGUAUGUGAGAUUAGAGAAUUGAUCACAAACCCUGAGCAGCAGUUGCAAGGGGUAGACGGCCCCUGCUCCAGCUCAUCGCUUUACUGACACCCGGCCCACGGGAAGACGACCAGGAGGUCUCUAGACUCCCUAUCGUCCGACGGCUCACCAGCCAUCGCCUGGAUGUAAGACCACCCGACUGAACUGUUCCCACAUAAGAACGUUUAGUGUUCCACGUGAACGACCAUCAUGUAUAUAGAAGUGUCGAGUGCUUGUAAUGAACUCAUUAACCCCUAAGUUCCGCAUGAGGUAUAUCCAGCCUUGACUCCCACUUGUUGAUAUUGUAAGUAAACGCUUAUGCUUAUAGUUAGAUCGAGGAGUUUCGGGUUCCGUGUAUUGUUGCUUGCUAAUACGGAGAUUGACUGGGGAUUAUACUAUUACCAACUCUGACAGGCUAUACGCACAUUUAGAAGAGAAUCAUUAUAAAAAUCUUUUCUAAUAAAGAAAAUAAAGGCAAUGGCUUACAAAAUAUGGGAGGUUAAGGAAACUUAUUCAGAAGACUUGAUCAAUAUAAGCAGCUGAAACAGUUUUCUUAUUAUAAGGGCUAAAAUAAAUAAGUAAACAAGUGGCAUACGACGGACUCGGAAUAUUCCAGAAAAUAAAAACAUAAGACUAGUUAUCGAUAGCGAUGUAAAGAUAUAAACUAAAUUAAUAAAAGUUGUUAUAAGCGCAUUUAUAUGAUUUGUAUUUAUUGAAUGUGGAAUUUAGAUAAAUAUACGCAAUAAGUUGAUGUUAAACGAAAUAUAUAUUUAUAUUCAUUUGUUAAUUAUUACAUGUAGGACGUGUAAGUUGAUUUAAUAAAGACAGAAUUAUCGCAUUAUGUUUAAAAACAUAUCGUUUUAUAAGUAUAAUAUUGACUGUUAACAACGGCCGUAACAAUUUUUAUAUUAUCUACUUUAACUAAUGUACCUGAUUGUUGGUUUGAUUUAUAAGUGAAUUCAAUGCAUUCUGUUUUACUUUAUUGAAUAUACUAGCGAGAUAUUAGGCUUACUAAAUGUCAUGCUAAAAUUUAAUAAUACAGUUAUUUCGAUAAUCAAUCGAUGAAAGAUAGACAAUGUCUAAAAUUAAUCUUUGGUCAGAGUUGUUACCUAUAUUUUAUACAGCCGGGAUGUUAAAAUAACUGUAUUAUUGAGUUUUUCGGUAAAACAUGUACAUUUUAAGGUAACAUAGGUAUGGAGUGGUUGCAAUGUGGCUCCGGCCAGGCCUUAUAGUUCAGGAAACUGGGACACGGAAGAGUGUGAUGAAUGAAGUAUAGACAAAACAUUUUGUACUCGUAAUAAUGUAAAUAAAUAGUUCGAGAAAUAGUUAAUUUAGUGUUCGCUUGCUGAUAUUGGCUGUCUUGAACUGUCUGCUUCAAAUAAUUUUUGAACUUCUCAAAGCUAGAUGAUAGUUUUAGAAAGAAUUAUCAUACGUCUUCCAUCUUGAACGUCCACGCUUUGACUAGUUUAUUUAUUUCUGCUGCUCUUUCUUAAUAUUCCUCCCAGUGUUUUUUUUUUCGAUUUGUUCCUAAAGGUUUACCUUGAUAGACUUCAUUAGUGAUCAACUGAUUAACAAAAAUUGAUGAAUCUAUUGUUUUGUCUUUUGUUGUUCUCUUCAAUAAUAAGUUUAUAUCGUACCUGUUUGCUAUUAUAAAUUAGUUCUCCUAAGUUUUUCUGUCUAUAUAAGUUUAAAUUGAUCCUACGGCUUAAUAAAUGUCUAUGUAUAUCUCAAAGUUCAGCAUAAGCAGUUUUCUUGUAACUUAAGCAAGCGACUGUUUCGUACAAAUAAAUAUUUUUAAUGGAAAGUUACAGAGACAAGAAAUGUAUGAAAAUCUGCAAUGUAAUAUUAUAAGUGAGGAGGUCAAAUGGAAAGAUUAGCAGAAUGUCUUAGGUUUAUGCUUACUGACAGAAAACUGAUAGUUUUGAAUUUAUAAGAUAAAUGUUAGAUAGGAUAAUUGAAUCUAAUUAUCUUCACCUUCCUGUCUUUAACUAUUUAUUCUUCAAUGUAACAGCGUGAGAGUGUUCUGAAAAAGGCAUUACUGAUAAACGUCACCGGCAGUCAGUAUUUUCAGUGAGUGAAAUAUGUUUCAGUGUUAAUACAGCUACUGAACUCCAUCUUCUAUAGCUAUUCUAUACAUAGCGUAAUUUCAAAUUCUAUGAAUAUCUUUACUGGACUGAUACUUACUAAAACUCAUGUGUAAACUAUUCCUAACGGUGAUUGAUACUAACCAAAUGUUUCUAUGUAAUAAAGACAUCUAAAUGUGAGCUUUCAAUGUUUUAAAAUACGUAAUCAUGGUACGAGAGAAUUGACAAAUGAUACUUGAUGAGUUUUCUUUUUUUUAAUGGAAAGGAGCAGACAGUGAAAGGCAUCAAUGAAAAAAAUUCGAUCAAAUUAUGUAAUCGUGAUAAUAAAACGUAGUUACUUAACGAGAAGUAUCCCGUUGUUUUGUAAUAGCACAAAUUAAACGCGGUCCCACCAGUUUGCAGUACUCACGUACUUGGAUCCAAGUCGGGUAUGUUGUGUUUAUCGCUGUUUGCAUUGCCAAAAUAAAAUGUCAACUGAA